GACAAAGUCACGUCAUGCUGUUUCAGAUAUGUUAACCAUACUUGUCAAUGUGCGUAUUUUAGAUAUAAACAAAAUACCUUUUUAUUUUUACCCUUUUUUUUUCUUCUUCUUUAUAUUUUGUCAACAAAAAGGAAAGAAAAUGUCUGGUACACACACACCUCAACAUGAAAUUCGAGAUCCUAUUAUGGAAGAUGAUCAUUUUUCACUUAGAUUUGGUAAUCCUAUUCAAGUUAUACAUAAUAUAAAAAAGCAUGAAAUAGAUACAUUUGAACCGACUAAAAAUCAUGUAUCUGGAGCCUUGGCAAGCACAAUUGGAGAUGCGCUGCAUGAUAAACGACCUACAUUAAAACCAAAUCAUUCCAGUUUUUUGCGUGACUCAACUAUAUGUUCAGAAUUUUAUCACGAUAAAAAAGGUGGAGUAAAAGAAAUUGAACACACAGAAGAAGAAACCAGCAUUAAUAAAAACUAAACCAUUUAUUUAUUUAUAACACACUUUUCCCUC